AUGAAUAAAAAAACGAUGCAACAGAAGAGGCAAUCCAUGGUGAAGAAUAAGAGUGAGGUAUACCCACAGAAGAGCCUGAACCUGGGUCAGAAGUCAAAAAGUAGAGGGAAAAGUAUGAAUGGGAAAAUUAAAGUGGUUGUAAGAAAAAGACCGAUCAGUGAGUUAGAAAAAAAAAAAAAAGACAAUGAUAUAAUCACAGUGAAGGAUAAUUGUACCAUAUGCAUAGACGAGCCAAGAUACAAAGUAGAUCUGACCAAAUAUGUGGAGAGACACGAAUUCAUUGUUGAUAAAGUAUUUGAUGACACAGUUGAUAAUUUUACCGUUUAUAUAAAUACAAUCAAACCUUUAAUAGUGGACAUUUUUGAAAAUAAUUGUGUUUGUUCAUGUUUUGCAUAUGGACAAACAGGGAGUGGAAAGACGUAUACCAUGUUAGGGUCUCAACCCUAUGGUCAAAGUGAAACGCCAGGAAUUUUCCAAUACGCAGCUGAAGAUAUUUUUAGCUUUUUAAGUCUAUACGAUAAUGAUAACACGAAAGGAAUUUUCAUUUCCUUUUAUGAAAUUUAUUGUGGGAAAUUAUACGAUUUGUUACAAAAGAGGAAAAUGGUGGCUGCUUUGGAGAAUGGGAAGAAAGAGGUAGUUGUGAAGGACCUCAAAAUUUUAAGAGUUUAUUCAAAAGAGGAAUUAAUUUCAAAAAUGAUUGAUGGAGUCAUGUUACGAAAAAUAGGAGUGAAUUCUCAAAAUGAUGAGUCCUCUAGAUCACAUGCUAUUUUGAAUAUCGAUUUGAAAGACAUACAUAAGAAUGUUUCAUUGGGAAAAAUUGCCUUUAUAGAUUUGGCAGGCAGUGAAAGGGGUGCAGAUACCGUUGCUCAAAAUAAACAAACACAAACAGAUGGAGCUAAUAUUAAUCGAUCCUUGUUAGCUCUGAAGGAAUGUAUCAGGGCUAUGGACUCUGACAAACACCAUAUUCCAUUUAGGGAUUCAGAACUAACUAAAGUGUUAAGAGAUAUCUUUGUUGGGAAAUCUAAGAGCAUCAUGAUUGCAAAUAUUUCCCCCACCAUUAGUUGCUGUGAACAGACACUGAAUACGCUAAGGUACUCUUCGCGUGUUAAAAAUUUCAAGCAUAAAAUGAAUACUACCGAAGAGGAAGACCCGAAUGGCGAGAAAAUUAGCAUUUUGGAAGCUAGAAGUGGAGAGAUGAACACUUCUGAGGCGGAGGGCGCAGCUAUGAAAUCGAAUUCGCUCAUGCAGGGAGGAAGGGCUAACAUCAAGUCAAACGAAUUGAAGGAACGGCGUGGUGGAAGUGGAAUUGUCAGUGGUCUCAUCAACCCAACCCGGAACGCAAAACACCUUGUGAAAAAUCAGGACGGCGUGACCACCAACCAGACCAAGUACAACUCAGUCAACGAUAUGGAUAAGCUAGCGCAAAAAAAAAAGAAGAAAAAAAGCCUCUUAAAUUUUAAAAGCAAUAACACCAAUUAUGAUAGUAUCUGCAGGCAGCAACAUUUCACCCAGCAAAAUUACGCUUUCUCGGACACAUCGGAUUUCUCUUCCCUAGACGAGAUGAAUUGCAACCUGAACAGGAAUGAUAAAAAUAUGUUUUUGGCUUGCAGGAAGAAUGCGAAACAGGGUGUGGUAAAGAACAGGAGCAGCUGCGACGGGGUGUCCAGCAAAACGAAGAAGGCCGAUGUGCAAGUGCUCCGGCACAGCGUUGGUAGCAAGUUAACCAAUUUCUCGAACGAACGGGACCGUCUGAAGGAGAGGGCCUUCUUCCGUGGCACUGGCACGAUGUCCCGCGGGAACGCGACAAGCACGAAGCAUAAUGUUGGUGCCGGUAGCGCGGUGUGUAAUAAUACCCUCGGAAACAACCCCGACAAUGUGCACAUCCGUCACGUCAAUGAGAGGGAAAAGAACAGAGAUAGCGAUAACAUAUUUUACGAUGCCAUCUCCAACACAUCUGAGAGCGCGAACAGGUUGCUUCAGCAGAGCGUACAGAACACAUUUAAUGAGCAGGAGAAGAACCAAAGCAGCCAACAUGCAAACAACCCCGCUGCAGGCAUGGGUCACCAAAUGAGUUACGAUUACAGCCAACCUGACAUGAGCAACUCCUUCAUCGGCAUAAAGGAGAGAACCACGAAAGGCACCAGCCUUUUUAUCAAUUGUGACACAGAAGGUACGAUUUGCAUGGGGAAGGAAAACAUAGACCACCCCACAAGAAAUAUGUCGACUCUACAUCUACACACAAAAGAAACUUCGUUUGAUAAAAUGCCAAACGAUAUGAACAGUCCUCCAGGCGCACCUCCAAUUCAUAGUAGUAGUGGUGAAUACUGCAACGUGGCAAUGCUCGGUGUGCACGGGGAUGUGGGUAUGCCUAACAAUGGCAACUUAGUCGAAAAAAUCUCCAACGAAUUAUCCGCCCCAGGACCAAAUUACGGCCUAAACUACGGCCAAAAUUACGGCCAAAGUAGCUUCAACCAGUACGGCGAGAACAACCCAACCGACGCGAUCAACAUUAACAACGUCAGCGUGGAGGAGUGCCACACACUUGGAGUCCCCCAGACAGUAAAUGUUGAAAGCCAAAACGUCGCACAGAAUGAGUUCCCCCCUGGAGAUCACGCAAAAGAGUUUCAGCAAAAUCUGAACAGCAUGGUAGACAAUUGCCUGAACACACUAAAUGUAGCAAACCUGUGCGAAGACACGCAAAAUAUACUUAACAACAUUUUGCUCUCAAAAUACACAGCAGAUAAAGACAUGUUAAUAAAAAAAUAUAUCAAUGAAGAUGUAAACAGCAUGAGCUUGGAAGCCCUAGACAAGUAUGCUCAAUUGAUUUAUGAAAAGAGAAAGACGAUUCUAAGUAAACUCCUUUUAUUGUUCAAACAGAAUGUUGAUGUACAGACGAAGAACGAAACGAGUGACUUAAAAAAAGAUCUAGUCAUGUGUCAUAUAUGUAGUAACAAUCCUGACGACCAGUUUCAUUUUUAUGCUUACAGUAGAUUAGAAAAGGACAUGAUAAAUUUAAUAACCCUACGGCAGUUGUGGUGCGAGAGUGAGAACUUGAGGCAACUGCAUCAGUACCUCAUGGUGGAAUAUCAAAAUAAGUCUGCCAAUUUAAUCACCUUUAAUGUUUUCCCGAAUAAAAUAAACACCAGCUCAUUGAACAAGAAGUAUGUGGAGGAUGCCAAGGGACAGUCGAACGCCGCGAGGUCACCUGUCGGUCCUCUGCAGUAG